AAGUUGGACAUACCCUGGCCUGGGUCGGACAGCAGAGGUGACAGACCUCUGCUGGCCCCAGUAAUGAUGGCGAUGUUUCACGACGAGGUGGAGACUGAGGACUUCCAACAUGACGAGGACUCGGAGAAGUACUUCUACCCCUGCCCAUGUGGGAGUAACUUCUGCAUCACCAAGGAAGAUCUGGAGAAUAGGGAAGACGUGGUAACGUGCCCUAGCUGCUCUCUCAUUAUAAAAGUGACUUAUGACAAAAAUCAGUUUACAUGUGGAGAGACAGUCCCAGCCCCUUCCACCAACGAAGAACUAGUUAAAUGUUGAAGAAGACUUUAGGACUCCAAAGCCUGAACUUUGGGGAAUGAGCCAAGAUGGAAAACUCAAAUGCAAAGUCACUGACUUCUUCAUGGUGACAGUCAUUUUUUAGUUUGCUGGUCCAUAGAGUGUGGAUUCUUCCCAUUGGCUGCCAAGUUGAAGAAGUAAG